AUGACCAUAGAGCGGAAGCGUGCCGUGAAGCAGUUGGUCAAGAGCCUGCCACAAGGACCGAUCGCUGUGGAUUCUGAUGAUGAGCCAAACCCUUCGCCUCCUGUGAAGCCUGCUGCAUUGCCUGCUACUUCCGCGGCAAAUCCGGAUGCCGUGGAAACACAGGCUUUCGAGGUGAACACUCAGUUGUUGCAGGAUGCUUUGUCUGUUUUGGAUCAGCCUGUGCCAUCGCCCCCGGCCAAGACCUUUGCUGAGGAAAGGACUUUGGUCCUGAGUCCUCAGGACACGAAGUCGCCGGUUGCAGUCCCUGCGCCGCCAGCCGAGACAGAGACCCCGAGUCCCAGAGGUGUUGUUGUGGCUGAUAUCACACCGGUGAAGUCGUAUCCCAGUCGUGACGAUCAGCUUCGAGUUAAGAGCACCAAUGAGGAGGUGAAGAAGGCCGAGAAGGAGGCAAAAGCGGCAGCGAAGGCUGCUGCAAAGCAGGGUGCGAGGGGCCGUGGGGGCCGUGGCAGAGGCCGCGGCGGCCGCGGCAUGCGGAAGUCCACUCCGGAUGAGGGUGCCAAUGACGACCAGUCUGAGGCAGAAGCCGGAGACGAGGAUGGUGAGGCUUCUGAGCCUGCCGAGCCGAAGAAGAAAGGUGGGCGACCCAAGAAGCAUCAGCCAGAGUCUUCGGAGACCGAGCCGAAGAAGAAAGGUGGGCCACCCAAGAAGGAUCAGCCAGAGUCUUCGGAGACCGAGCCGAAGAAGAAAGGUGGGCGAUGCAAGAAGGAUCAGCCAGAGUGUUCGGAGACCAAGCCGAAGAAGAAAGGUGGGCGACCCAAGAAGGAUCUCCAGGAGUGUCCGGAGACCGAGACGGCGGAGCACAAGAGCAAGAGAGCCAAAACCGCGCACGCAGCAGCUGCUGAUGCCGAUGCUCCUGGGUGCAGGGUUCGUGGGAAGAGAUCCGCAGACCAGGCUUUGCAGCCGAAGCCCAAGCGGGCACCAGCGCAGACCCUCAGUGGCUUUGUGUGGCCUAACACCUUUGCUCGCCGCUAUCGGCCCCAGUCGGAGAGCUACACCCAGAAGCUUUGGAGGGAUGUGUUCUUGCAUUCCGGAAUAUCCUGCCCCACCUUCCUGGGGGCAAGCAAUCGGCGGCUCAGGCCGGGUUCUGUUGGUUAA